AUGAAAAAUGGAAGCUCCGCCACAGACUUCAUCCUUCUGGGGUUUUCUAAAUGGCCCCAACUGGAACGCAUCAUCUCGGUGGUUGUCCUCAUCUUCUAUGUUGUGAUUCUUUUAGGAAACUCAACCAUCAUUCUGGUGUCUUACCUGGACACUCAGCUCCAUACUCCCAUGUAUUUCUUCCUAUCCAAUCUGUCAUUCCUGGAUCUCUGUUAUACCAAUAGCAUUGUUCCUCAGAUGCUAGUCAAUUUGUGGGGUCCAGAAAAGUCUAUCACAUACAUUGGCUGUAUGAUCCAAGCCACGUUUGCCCUGGACCUGGGAGCCACAGAGUGUCUUCUGUUGGCUGUGAUGGCCUAUGACCGCUAUGCUGCUGUCUGCCAACCUCUUCAUUACAUGAUCAUUAUGCACCCUCAGCUCUGCCAAAAGAUGGUGUUGGCUGCCUGGUUAAGUACUCUUGUCUGUGCCUUAACCAUUUGCUUCUUGGCAUUCUCAUUGCCAAGAUGUGGACACCGAGAAGUGGAUAAUUUUUUCUGUGAGAUACUGUAUCUCAUCAAGAUUGCUUGUGUCUAUUCUAAAGUACUUGAGAUUAUUUUUCUUGUUCUCUCAGUUAUGUUUCUCCUGGUGCCCCUGUCAGUGAUCCUCAUCUCCUAUGGAGUGAUCACUCGCGCUGUCAUGAGAAUCAAGUCAGCAGCAAGAUGGCAGAAGGUCCUCAAUACCUGUGGCUCCCACCUCACAGUGGUGACUCUCUUUUAUGGAACCCUCAUGUAUAUGUACCUGAAGCCCCAGGGUAGCACAUUCGAAAAUGAGGGCAAGUUCAUUGCUCUGGUGUACGUGGUACUUAUACCAAGCCUUAACCCACUCAUCUACUCUUUAAGAAACAAAGAUGUAAAGAAUGCAGUCAAGAAAAUUCUGUGUGUAAAUAAUAGGUGA